AUGACAGCCAGAACAAUUUACCUUAUUUCAUCCCGGAAUGCAGAGGCUCAAAGGGCGCAUUUUGCGAUCUUUGUUCCUGCCGAGGGGGCACCAGACAAAGGAACCCUGAUCGAAGCCGUUGGCGCGCCUAUGGCGGGCUACGUGCUAAACUUCGAACGGAACUUUUCCCCCACCGAUGACUCUCUAGAGAACUAUGAUAUAUUUCCGAUUGGAGAGGUUGAUCCGGUGAAUAUCAUUGACGAUACAACUGGGGUGAAGAGCGCCGACGCUGAACCAAGGGGUAACAUCGAAGUCGUGGCAUCCCAAGUUCCGACUCCUGGGAUUAGCGAAAACUUCCUAGCGCCAGUCAACGACAGUAUUCAGACCGCCAACAAAAGAGACCAGGAAUGGACUAUGGAUUACAUUCGACACCUUGUUGGUCGACGACUCAUCGGAUCUGAAGCCAUCCAGAUCGUACAAUCGAAACGGGACCCACCAACUCAUGGUCUUGGAUUUCAGCCAACCCUUCGCCGAUCGGGAUAA